AUGGGCAAGCUCAAUUUUCACCAGAUUGCUAAAAGCCAAAAACCCACCAUUAUGGCUAGGAAGAAACCAUUGAAGAUCAGGUACAUUUCGAGCCCCGUCAUGGUGAAGGCCAGCAAUGCUUCCGAGUUCCGUGCGAUUGUCCAGGAACUGACUGGCAAAGACUCUGACGCCGGGGGGUUCUCUGAGUACAGCAAGGAUGGGAGCCGGAGUUUAGGCCAAAGCAAUCUGCAAUCACAGAAGAAUGGGGAGCAAGAUUAUGUUUCAUACUCUGUGCCCUUCAAUGGGCUCUUGGAUGAAGGUCUCUCCUGGAAAGAGUGCUCAGAAGGCCUGUUGGGGUAUUAUUCUCAAUGUCUGUUUGUAUGA